CAUCUGGGAGCAAAACACCAGCUAGCCUAAAUACAUUUUACACCAGAAGACCAAAGGAGGGGACUAACAGACGGUCGGGACAGUUAACGAAUCUUUGAAUAAGUGUCCAUUAUGAAUCCAGUUUACAGCCCUGCACCAACAGGGGUCCCCUUUACCAAUACUAAGGGCAUAGGCUACCCAGCUGGAUUCCCUGUUGGCUACGCAGCAGCUGCUCCAGCAUACACUCCCAAUAUCUAUGCAGGAGCGAACGCAGCCUUCCCCAGUGGCUAUGCUCCAGGCACUCCUUUCAAAAUGUCCUGCUCUCCCAACACCGGGACUGUCCCACCCUACUCCUCCUCACCCAGUCCUUACCCUGCUGCCGUUUACCCGGUCAGGAGCACCUACCCCCAACAGAACCCCUAUGCACAGGCACUAAUACCAUCACAACAACAAGGCACUUAUUACACACAGCCACUGUAUGCUGCACCGCCUCAUGUUAUCCAUCACACUACAGUGGUCCAGCCGAAUGGGAUGCCUGCAGCCAUGUACGCCCCGCCCAUGCCUCCUCCCCGACACAACAGUGUCGCCAUGGGGAUGGUAGCCGGCACCACCAUGGCCAUGUCAGCUGGAACUUUGUUGACAACUCCAUCACCAGCGUCUGUUGCCCCUCACCCAGUCACGAUGCCCACAUACCGGCCUCCUGGCACACCCAGCUACAGCUACGUGCCCCCACAGUGGUGAAGAGAGGGAAGCACCUUGAACUAAUGACUAAGGAGAAAUCUGGACUCAGUGGCUGGACCAGUUGGGAACCUUUGCUCUUAAACCUCCACCUUAAUCAGAUUUGAAGUUGAUAUUCCUACAUGUCAUUCUCUCAGCAGGUCAGAGGAUGGUAGAUAUGCAUUCACACUCUACUCCAGUGUUUAUUGCUCUUGGUGAAGACCUGCCCUGCCAGUGUCUGCAACCAGUUACUCUUCUUCCAGCAUAAUGUGAAUCUAAAACCCAACUACAUAGAAAGAGGCCCAUUUGGAUAGGAGGGGGUGAAGAAUAGGCCCAUCCCCAUGACCCCCUCUCAAUGGAAUAAGGCUGCAUUCCAUGUCACACCCCAGCGCCAGCACCUCUACAACCUGCUGCAUAUCACACAUAAAAACAGCAAUGCCUCCAUGCAAACUUUAUUUUGUGGACUGUCAUGCAGGUUUUUAUAGCUUAAAGUGGUGAAAAGGGAGUUAGGAGUUGUUUUUUUGUUGUUCAUUUUAAUCUGGGGGAUACAUAUGAUGUUGAAUGCAUGUGUAUAUAUAGAUAUAUGAAGUAAUGCUAGCGCAAUCUACCUGCUGUGACAGAUGCAAAAUCAACAAAAGGCACACAUCCAAAGGAACUAAAAAAAAAAAAAGAAAAAGUAAUAAUCUGCAAUGCUGAAUCACCAGUGACCAUGUCUUACAUGUGAAAGAAGAAAA